AUGGAGACAUCGGACACUGAAUUUAGUGAUGAACCUUUGCUGAAUAGUAAUGAUUCUGCAUCUGGCAGUUUACCAAAAGCUGUGGCUAGAUAUGAAACAAGCUUGUCCGAAGCAGCACUUAACUGCAAGAAAAACUACAAAUUUGACUUGUUGGAUCUUUUGACAACAUCUACUAAGUCAAACCAAUGUAUGCUUGGGAUCGAUGAAGCUGGAAGAGGUCCAGUCCUUGGCCCUAUGGUUUAUGCAUGUGCCUUGUCACCAAUAAGUCGGUUGAAUGAACUAAAAACUAUUGGACUUGCUGAUUCAAAGACAUUAAAUGAAAAUCAGCGUGACAAACUUCUUAAAGAGAUGUUGAAUAAAUGUGAUUGGAUAUCAGCUGUCGUCCAUGUGAUUAGUCCUGUAUACAUUACCGAGAAAAUGCUAGAUAAGUCGAAAACUAGUUUAAAUGCUAUAUCUCAUGAUUCGGCCAUACAACUUAUUCAAUCAGUUCUUGACAGUGGAGUAAAUUUGGUUGAGGUUUACGUUGAUACUGUUGGGAAAGCUGAACAUUAUCAAACUAAACUACAAAAUCUUUUUCCUCAAUUAAAAAUACGUGUUGAAAGCAAAGCUGAUGAUAUUUAUCCAAUUGUGAGUGCUGCUAGUAUCUUCGCAAAAGUUACUCGGGAUCGAGUUCUUCAAAUGUGGCCUAAAGAAGAACGUGGGAGUGUACCCGAAGGCACUGGUCUUGGUUCUGGCUAUCCAGGUGUUACUGGAACCAAUAGCUUUAUGAACAUCUUCCUUUAUGCUAAAUACGACUUUUUCCAAACUGUUUUAUGGGACGACUAUUAAAAGUACUUCGCCAUGAUAUAUCAUUAUUGGGAAAUGGGGACGUACACAUACGGAACAAGAGGAACGAAAAAGGCCUUCUUUGGUACCACCUACAAAGUAUUUGUAUUUUGAUUUAAUAGGUUUGUUGCUAUUGUUCUAAAAUUCAUGUGACCUUUUUUCAAAAUUUUUACGAAGAUCCCGUCACCAAAAGUUAUUUACGUGCAUGUAUGGAUCCAGUUUUUGGUUUCCCGUCUCUUGUGCGAUCUAGUUGGUCAACUGCAUCUUCUCUAUUAGACCAACAUGGUGUAUCAGUUAGGUGGGAAGAUGAUGAAACACACGAAGAAGUAAUUCAAGCUAAAAAACUUGCACGAAAACGCGAACAUUCAAAAGGUACUUGUAAAUUAUCUAAUUAUUUCAAUAAUGCUCAGUCGAGAUCGUCCACACCUAAUGUGUUACAGAGACAACCAUUUUUUGUACGAACUGGUCUUGUGCAUGUUCAGACUAUCACAUAAAUUUUAUGAGAUAUGUUAUGUAUAAUUUUCUUUGUAUCGAUGUUUUAUCAUAUUUCCCUAAUAAAAUCAAUCUCUGAUAACCA